AUGAAUCAGGUGGAACUCGAUACAUACAUCUCGCCGUCGCUGGCGCAUUAUUUAGUUGGUACCUGCUCGUUCGUUGGCGCAAAUUUCGUCGGUCUGGUGGGAGAGCGUGGCCCCCUUUGGUCGUGGAAAACAGCGCUCGACUACCCACAUAAGACGGAGAUUCUGCAGAACGGCUAUGACAAGCAUCGUGACUUUGCCUUCCAGGUAGCAACAGUACGCGGAUGGGAUGUGUGCAUUUGCAGUGAGACGAUGGUUGCAGAGAUGCAAGCCGUGCCCGAUAGCAUAUUUUCGCUCAAUGGCUUCAACGAGGAGUACUUCCAAACAGAAUAUACAUCCCCCGGAUUUGUUGACUCGAAGCCAACGGUCCCUGUUCCAGUUCUGGCAAAGGCUUUAGCUUGGGCGCGACAACGUGUCUCGUCGGAGACAGACCCUUAUUUUUCAGGGCUAGUUGAAGAGCUGAAAUACGGUCUGGAGAUGGAAUUGUCCGACGGAGAUGUGAAGAGAGAUGAAUGGCAGCAAGUUAACUGCUUUCAGUUCAGUAGCCAUCUGAUGCUGAGGCUGAUUGCACGUCUUCUGUUUGGGUGUCCUCUAUGCCGGGAUCCUGAAGCCAUUGACCUCUUUUCCCGAUAUGGUGCCGCGGUUCCCAGCAGUGGGCAGCUAAUUGCAUGGCUUCCAAAAAUUAUCCGACCUUGGAUUGGACCUCGCUGUGUGGCUUCUCGAAUGGCACGGCAGUUAGAUGGAAUAAUACUUGAUACGAUUAAGCACAGGCGGCAGCUGGGAUUGAAAGAGCCAGAGACAAUUACCGACUACCUCAGCAAUUGGGUGCAAUCUGAAGCCGCAUUUAAUCUCAAUGACUUGAACGUCGCUCAAAUGCUUGUCUCUGUCAUUUUCGGCUCUGUACACUCGGCAGGCAUGGUCCUUGCAAGCUGUCUAUACGAAUUGAGCGCCCGCCCGGAGUACAUUGAACCCCUUCGUCAAGAGGUCAUGAGUGCCCUACAAUUAGGCACCGGCUGGACAAAAGAGACCAUUGAGUCUCUUUACAAGCUGGAUAGCUUCAUCAAAGAGAGUCAUCGACACAAUCCCCUCGCCGCAGCCUCAUUGUAUCGAGUUGCGAAAAAGGACUUUACCUUCCAGAAUGGGCUGAAGAUUCCGACUGGAACGUUUAUGUACACACCAAACUCUCCACUACUUUUUGAUGAGAGGUACUACGGAAAUGGGAGUGAAUUUGACGGCAUGCGGUUCUACAAACUUGGGCAACGAUCGGGAAAUCCUCAAGAUUACAAAAUAGCGGGACAGCUGCCGAAGUCCCGGCAGUUUGGGGCCGGAAGACACACUUGCCCCGGGAAACAACUGGCUGCGGAUUCGCUGCGGUUGAUCCUUGCCUAUAUAUUGGUGAACUGCGAUAUUGGCAGUAAAGAAGGCCGCAAGGAGUCAGAUGGGUUUACAUUCACCUCAAGCGUCAGCAUCCGGGCCCGCAAAUUGUCGGGUUACUAG